AAUUCAAAUUCAUUAUUUUGUUCAGGAAGUCGUAUCAAACGUCAAACCUUGAUCAAAAAUGGGAGAAAAUUCCGAAACAAGAGGAGAGAAUAAACGAGGCGGCAAGAAAUGGAAGAAUUUCAAAAGCUUUGUGAAGAUCUUCUUUUGUUUGACAUGCAUUUUUCCGAAAAAAUCCAAAACGAGAAGACGUGGAGAUGAAUCAGUUGAUUGCGCGAUCUUGACUGGGGAACAUUUCCGUGAAAACGUCGAAAAUGAGAUCGCAAAAUGUACGUUGAAGACUGUUGUGGUGGAUCCAAACAUUGAGGAUAAAAAUUCAGUUCACAGCAUAGAAUCAGUUGCGAAGCCACCAGCAGGCCCAGUAUCAAAAAUGCUCCAGGGAGGAGGUGAUUUUCUUGUGGACCUUGAAGCUCAGAAUUUAGUACAAGCUGCUUUAUACAAGGCCAAAGAAGAUUUAAUUCGGACCGCUGAUGGAGACGGAAAAGAAGUGUUAUUACAACAAAAAGCUAAAGUCAUUGUGGACGAAGCAAUUUACGUGGCCAUGAACAUUCUCAUGAAAGAUCCUGUUGUGAAGCAGUCAGAUAUUGGAGAUGGAAAAUGAAUGGGCGUAUUUUAUUAUUUAUUUGUUUUUUAUUAAUAAAAUUCACAAAAAAAUAAACUUUGGUAUUAUCUACGAAUUGUACUUAC